UGUAAAUUAUGAUUUAGAUGUUUGGACAGAGUACAGUAUGUUUGCUUCUAACAAUGUUAAAUAUAUCUCUGGCUCAGAACUACCCGCCUGGAGUACCUGUUCCUAGAACUCAAGGCGAAGAAAUCCGGUUUCACGAGCCAGCUGGUCAGCCUGCUGUUCAACCUCAACCCCCUGGAGGUCAACCAGCCUUUCAGGGUCAACCAGGAGCUCAAGGUCAACCUGCCUUUCAGGGUCAACAAGGACCUGCAGGUCAACCUGUCCGUCAAUAUGAACAUGCUCCCCCAGCUCCUCAAGCACAACCUCAGUACAAUCCGGGACAGGGUCAACCAAACUAUCAGCCUCCAGACAAUAAACCAGAGUACAGGAGUAGAACAGGGCCCCCUGCUAUGAGACACACCAAUAUACACUUCAAUAUGGAGGAGGAGAGAGAGCAUCUGAAGAGCCAUAUCAAGGAGGAAUAUAUUGAUAAAGAGAAAUUGGAUGAUUCGGCUCUUCUUAUGCAGUAUUUUAAGAAGCAUGACACCGAUGGUAAUCUUCGCCUGGACGGAUUAGAGCUUCUCAAGUCUAUUGCCCGAUUGUCCCAUGAGGAUCAUGAUCAUGAGGAUGAAGAGGAUGUAGAAGAGGGUGCUAGGGCACUUCCUCCCCGGGAACCUCUUGAUCUAGAGAAACUUACCGAUGUGGUGGAUCAAAUACUGGAACAGGAUGAUAAGAAUCACGAUGGGUAUAUUACAUGGGCAGAGUUCUUACUUAGACAGAGAGGCAAUCAUUAGAAUCAGAACCAGGACCAGUACAAGGACCAGAACAAGAACAAGGACCAGAACCUGGACCUUAACAGAACAAGGACUAUGGGAUCAAGUUUAGACGAGGACCUAAACCAAAACCAACCAAUUUUAGGAAACCAUGCAGAACGUACCAAGUAAGGACUCAUAGUUAGCAGUGCCAAAAGUAGUUUAAACCAAAUAAGAAAAGUUUAAACUACUCUGUAAAGAGCAGAUUAUACGAAUUAUAUUAAUGCCACCUCAACACUAUAUUCAGUUAAAACUGUAAUUCCUUUUUUAAUUUAAAUCCCAAGCAUAUCAGAACUAAAGGGUUUCAGGGCCAAUUAAAAUUCUAUAAAAUCUAUAAAAAAAAUAAGUGUUUCAGAGCCAAUUACAAUAUCUUUAAUGAGACAAAAGUAACCUUAAAAUAAAAACAUAAUUAUAUGAUAUUGUUAUUUAGUUAUCAUGCUUUUUGUAUAGCCUUGUAUUGUUGUAUAUAUAAAGGAAUAUACAGAAAAGUGGUGUACACUACCCUGUUACAUACUGUACGUAGCCGUACAUUUAUUACAGAAGUAAUUUAUAUUAAAUUAUAAAUCCUUCAAAUUUUAAAUUUUUUUUUUCUUUAUCAAGGUUUAACAUUCUUUAUGCUUUCAAACAUACAGGGUGGCGUGAUUUUCACAAUUUAAGGUUUUUGUUUAUUUUUUUAAACUAUAAUUCGAUUGGUAUUAUGUAUAUUCAUCUUUUGUGAUUCUUGUGAUUUCUACUAUUUUUAAUUUGGAAAUUCAAAUCAAAUGUGAUUAUAUAGAACUACUGCAUUCCACUAUCUUAUUGUUCAUAUCACAAUUUUAGUUUUUUUUCUAAUUAUUUAUAGGGAAUAUUGUUUUUUCCUCUCUCAAUAAUACAGGUUGAACCAAAAUUAAAAAUUGCUUUUUUAAAACGUUUUUUAGCAUCGUGACUGUAUCCCCUUAUUGUAUAAGUAUUAAGCCAACCCUUUUGAUUUCACGAUAAAAUGUAAAAUGUAAAAUUAUAUUUUAAUCCUAAUUAAAAAAAACGUGAGCAGGAAAAAUAUGAAUAAAACCACACAUCACGAAUUGCCUUUUUUUUACUUUAUUCCCCCGGCUGGUAACACCACUGCUAGUUUUACCAGUUAUAUAAAUAAUUCCAGUUGAAGUGUUAAUAGAUCAUACUUGACAAUGCAAUUAUUAUUUUUGUCAAAGACAAAAGUACAUUGAAAGUUUCAAUUUUUCCGUCUCAAAUAAAGCCCCCAUGUUUA